AUGCCCAAAAAUCAUUAUCGCACUCUGGGAAUAACGUCGAACGCAUCCAUAAAUGAUAUAAGAAAAGCGUACAGGGCGUUGGCGUUGAAAUGGCAUCCGGACAAGAAUCCCGGGGACCAAGAACAAGCGAACAGAAAAUUCAAAGAAAUAUCGGAUGCUUACGGAGUUCUGUCGGACGACAAAAAACGGAAGGUCUACAACAAUCAAUGUCACAGGGACAAUUUGAAUGAUCACGCCCGUAGGUAUAACUGGAGACGGUGCCAAGGCUAUCAGCCAUAUUAUAAUUGCUGCAACGAGUUCACGGAACCGCAGCACUGGAAUACAGCAUCAGAUGCUAGUUAUCACCGACCGCGGUCCAACAGUCCGUUCGGACCAUUGUUUCACGACGAUCGGUAUACCGGUUGGACGACGACGUACAACGAACAACAGUCUAAACUGUUGGAGCAUUUGAUCUCCAGUUACGACGACCUGUUCGAAUGCGCCCGAAGUCUGACCGGCGAUUACGUUAAAAAAGUAUCGAUAACCACCAACAUCAUGAACGGGUGCAGCACGACUGUUCGGACGACCACAGAGGCCGGUAUAACGGUCGUGGAAACGUAUGAGAACGACGUGCUCAAGUCGAGAAGAUCAAAUAAACUCCCUACUCUCAAGAAAAUCAUUUUCUUGUAG